AUCCGGUCAAGCCCUAUAUCUAACCGGACCAGAAUCCAGAUUCUGUAAACCCGAUCCGAUCAGACUCCGAGCUGUCAUGCCCUUUUCCUGCGUUUUCUAGGGUUUUGCGAUCGAGAACGGCAGCCAUGGCGGAGUCCAGAAGAGAACUACUGGAUCAACCUUCGAGACCGUCGAUCCUUGAGACCCUUCUCUUGGGGAACACGGACUCUGCGCCCAAAAUCCCACGGAACAAUGCGCAAGUCGAUGGGAACGAGGAAGGAAGGCCUCUCACAACCGCAGUACCUAAGAGCCAAGUUCUUGGAAAAGUGAGAGAUUUUUUAGGAAUUAUGACCAAAGCUAAUGAAAAAUUGGAGCUCGAUGCACAAAAGAAUUCUCGUGCAGACUAUGAUAUAGAAGUUCUUAGUGGGAAUGAAAAAGAGUACAUUGAGAUGGAUUUGCUUUUGGGUGUUGCUGACCUCCAUAGUGCUGAUGCUGUGGCAGCAGCUGAGGCUACAUUAGGUGGCUUUCGACCAACCAUGAACUCUGUUAGUAGCAGCUCCUCUGACACAGAAGAUGAUCCUGAUGAUGACAAUGAUAGUGGCAUUGAGGACCCAACUACAUGCGACUUGGACAAGCCUAAGAAAUUCAAUUCAGACAAUGAUGAGUCAUUGCAUAAUAAUAAGCCAAAUAAGCGACCAAAGAUUGUUGUCCUCGACUGAAAUAGUUGUUUUUUACAGGCAGCGUUCCAUAGAGAUCACCAGAAUGUGAUGAUCGUCAAAGAGCAGCAGGUUCAGUCAUCACUUAAUGCUCUGCUCAACCAUGAGUUUUUUUUUUUUUUUUUUUGGGGGGGGGGGGGGGGGGGGGGGGGUGUUGGUUGUUGGAAGAAAGAUCAACCAUGAGUUUAAUAUAUGAAUUUUUGGAUGUCCUCUUU